AUGAGUUCGUCACCGAACAAGUCUGAGGAUCUCCCCACCAGAGUGUCCAGCAGAAAGGGAAAAAAUUUGCAUGUGGCUCAUAGACGCUCGCCUUCCGAACUUACCACUUUGAUGGUGGAACAAUACAACUUACAACGCCAAUUGGACCAGGUCCAAGCACAGCAAAGACAAAUUUUGGAACAACAGCAACAGCAACAGCAACAGCAACAGCAACAACAACAAUACUUACAGCCACAGUUUGAGUACCCACCCCUGUCAUCCUCCUCGCACUCUGACUUUCUGCAUUCUUCACAGCAGACCACCCACAACAACAUCAACCGUGGAUCUCACUCUAGAUCAUCUUCCAUCAACAACAACAACAACAGUACCACCUACAACAAUUCUCAUAGAAGGACAGGCUCGGCAAGUGGAACUGCUCAUGGCCACACAAGAAGACACUCUCUAGCACUCAAUGAAGCUAUUGCCGCAGCUGAUCAACAAAGAACAAGUAGACUCAGCUCCAGCCCCGUGCAAGCGGACGCGGCAGCGGCAGCGGCAGCUGAUGACCACAAGCCUGGGUCGUUCAAAUUUCCACCAGAAAGUAACGUUCCACCAAGUCCUAACAAUGCAGUUCACAGCAGAUCAAGGUCACUGGCAUAUGGCCAGCAAUCAUUCAAGUUCCCUGCAACACCAUCACAGGAGGGGGCUAGUGGUACUAAUAGCUUGCUUCCUCCAACACCUAACUUUAGCAUUACACAGUCUCCUGAGCGUGGGGGAGGCAGCGGUGGUCUCAAUCACAACAGAAAGCCCUCCCAUUAUAGAACUGUUUCUCGCAAUUCCGAAGGUAUCAAUCAAAACUGGAGACAACAAAACACACAUUUAUCACCACAAUCCGGCUCCCAUCACAGACAACUAUCGGGUUUGGAACCACCUCCAGGAUUUGUUCCUGGCCACAGACCUCGUCAAAGCUCUUAUGGAGGAGGAAAUUCGGUCUCAUCCAUCUCACAGUUUUUGCCCAACAAUAAUGGCGGCGGCGGCGGCGGCGGCAGCGGUAGUGGUGGUGGAGCUCAAGGAGGAGGUGGACAAAAUACCAGCAACGGCCGUAAGUCCCUUUUUGCUCCUUACUUGCCUCAAUCAUCUCUUCCAGAAUUGAUUAAUGAGGGUCGAUUAGUCACUGGGACAUUAAGGGUUAACAAGAAGAAUAGAUCAGAUGCAUAUGUCUCAACUGAUGGAUUGUUGGAUGCUGACAUUUUUAUUUGUGGAUCAAAAGAUCGUAAUCGUGCAUUGGAAGGAGACUUGGUUGCUGUUGAGUUGUUGGUUGUUGACGAGGUUUGGGAGUCAAAGAAGGAAAAGGAGGAAAAGAAAAGGAGAAAGGACCACAACACUAGACCGUUGAAUGAUGAUAUUCACAACGAUGCAACAUCAGCACCCACAACUGCUACUGCCGCAGGGGGCUCCUCCACCGAGGGGAAAGACGAAAAGGGCGAGGAAAACACAUUAGGAAGACGUGGCUCUCUUAAACAAAGACCAACAAUGAAGAAAAACGACGAUGUCGAAGUAGAGGGUCAAUCAUUACUUUUGGUUGAGGAGGAGGAGAUAAAUGACGAGGUGAAGCCACUAUACGCAGGGCACGUAGUGGCUGUUGUUGAUAGAAUUCCUGGUCAAUUAUUUGCAGGUACUUUGGGUUUGUUGAGACCAGCACAAGCUGCACAAGCUGCUAGAGACAAGAAGUCUGGAAAUGAGCCAUCCGUGCAUACUCCUAAAGCGCCCAAAAUUGUGUGGUUCAAGCCGACUGAUAAAAAAGUCCCAUUGAUUGCUAUUCCUACAGAACAAGCACCAUCUGAUUUUGUAAGCAACCAUGAAAAAUAUGCUGAUCAAUUGUUUGUUGCAUCGAUUAAAAGAUGGCCCAUCACAUCAUUGCAUCCUUUUGGAACUUUGGUGUCCAAGUUGGGAAAAAUUGACAGCCCAGAGAUUGAAGUGGAUUCUAUCUUGAGGGAUAACAAUUUUCUUUGCGACGAGUAUCCUAAUGAUACGCUUGAUGACGAGGAGCUACACAAUACGUUAGAGUUACCACCCGUUGAACCUGAAUUGGAGAAUGGAAACAGAACUGAAUAUUUGAAUGACUACAUUAUUGCAUUUUCUCCAAACGGCGAGUUUGUCGAUCACGCAUUACACGUGAAGAGAUUGUCCAACACAAAGAUUGAAUUGGGAUUUCAUGUUGCAGACGUGUCUUACUUUGUUAAACCAGGGUCACCAUUGGAUCGUAAGUCAAAGAAGAGAUCGUCCUCCGUUUUCCUUCCCCAGAAAGUUGUCCAUUUAUACCCUCAACAGCUCAACAAAUUGAUUUCGUUCAAGGAGAAUGUAAAGAACUUGGCUUUGUCAGUAAUUUUUGAAAUUGACACUACAAAUUUCGAGGUUGAGGAUAUUUUCAUUCACGAGUCGGUAAUUGUGCCUAAGCAGGUUGUCAAUUACGACUUUUUCGACAAGAUUUUGGGAAACAAACCCGUGGACACCAUUUCGUCUGCAACUUCUGACUACAUUAGAACAUUUAGCUUGAUUGCGAAAGAAUUCCGCCGCCAUCGUUUAGCAAAUAGAAGCUUGGGCAUCACACCAAACUUGACGUUGUUGGACCAAUUGGACGAUGAAAAAGUUGCAUUGAGCUUGAAUAUCUUUGACGACAGUUUGGCACGUGAUGUCAUCUCCGAAAUAGCAUUGAAGGUGAAUUCUGCAAUUGCCGCUAAAGUUCAAGUUGGAUUGGGAAACAAGGCAUUUUUGCGUCGUCAAGGAUUGCCCACCUUACAAAAAAUUGAGACUUUUGUGCGUAAAGCUACCAACUUGGGAUUCAAAAUUGAUACCACCGAUGCAGCCACUUUGCAGAAUUCGCUAUUGAAGAUUGAAGAUCCUGUCAAGAGACAAUGCGUUGAGAUUUUAUUGUACAAGUGUAUGGCUCGUGGGAAAUAUUACGUUGCUGGUAAGCAGGAUCCCGAUAGUUAUGGUCAUUACUACUACAACUUGCCCUUGUACACCCACUUUACUGCACCAUUGAGGCGGUAUGCCGACUUGGUUGUUCAAAGGCAAUUGAAAGCGGUGUUGCGCAAAGAGGAUGAGGAGAAGGAUCUUGAUUCAUUAAAGGCGUUGGCUGAUUAUUGCAAUUUCAAGAAAGAUUGUGCUGCCAGUGCUCAAGAACAGGCUAUCCAUCUCUUGUUGUCACAAACGAUUAAUGAGUUGAGCGAAAGUGCCGGUCAGUUGUUGUGCAUGGGUACUGUUGUACAAGUGUAUGAGUCUUCUUUUGAUGUUUUCAUUCCUGAAUUUGGUAUUGAAAAGAGGGUCCAUGGAGACCAGUUACCCCUUGCUAAGGCCGAAUUUGAUAAAACAAAUAGGGUCUUGGAGCUUUUCUGGGAAAAGGGUGUUGAUUCGGCAACUUAUGUUCCACCGGACGAAACCACGUCCUUGUCGUAUAGAAACUCUAUCAAGAACAAGUACAGGACUUCGUCCACGGAAGCUGCUAAGAUCCAAAACAAGGCCAUUUUGGAGAACAAGGAAUCAGGUGAAGAUUCAAUUGUGGAAAAAUUGCGCAAGAUGAAAUUGGAGCCUCCUAAAUUGACGAUACCUCCAUUGAAAAAGUCAAAAGAGGUGGUGGGUGACGAUGCCACCAAGUCGAUGCCAAAUUCUCCAACACAAUCCCACAUUCCACACAAUGUGAGAACCAACUCUUCCUCACUCAUUGAUGAGUCAGAAGGAUCUAAUGGUUUGGGAUUGGCUCCAUAUUUGCAGAAUCUUGAAACCAGAGUGGAUGGUGACUCACAUAUUCAAGUUGUUAGGGAGUUGACCGAGGUUCCAGUAUUGUUGAGAGCGGAAAUUGGACACCUCCUUGCUGUCCCAAAUAUGUCAGAGAACAAGAAAACUGAAAACGAUGGUCUCAAGCGGGACAUCGAGUCUGUCAACGGCAGCAGCACGCACUCACCAAGACCCGUUGUCCAUUCCAAGAGAUCCAAACUCGUUACAUCAUCGCACUUUGAUCUCAACUCUCCGCUACAAACUAGACCUGCAUCACCUUUGAUUCUCAACCCACCAAUUGACUCCGAUGGCUUAUCCUGGCCGUCGCAUGGUGCCAGAUCGCGCAUCGACCAGACACCGGAGGAGGCAGCAGAGCGGGAGAAGCGUAUCGCUGAUGCUGUACGUACAAUCUUGACUGAGUUGGGAGAGGAUACGAACCGUGAGGGGAUCUUGGAGACGCCCGAAAGGUAUGCUCGUGCCAUGUUGUUCUUCACAAAGGGAUACGAAGACAAUAUUCGAGAUGUGAUCAAGAAGGCUGUGUUUGAAGAGAAUCACGAUGAGAUGGUGAUUGUGAGAGAUAUUGAGAUAUAUUCGCUUUGCGAACAUCACUUGGUUCCAUUUUUCGGUAAGGUGCACAUUGGAUAUAUCCCCAACAAGCGGGUGUUGGGGUUGAGUAAAUUGGCCAGGUUGGCAGAGAUGUAUGCGAGAAGGUUUCAAGUGCAGGAGAGAUUGACAAAGCAGAUUGCUAUGGCCUUGAGUGAGAUUUUGAAACCGCGUGGCGUGGCUGUGGUUAUGGAGGCUACUCAUAUGUGUAUGGUGAGUCGUGGUGUGCAAAAGACCGGUAGUUCAACAACUACGAGUUGUAUGCUUGGAUGUUUUAGAGAUCAUCAAAAGACAAGGGAAGAGUUUUUGACGUUGUUGGGGAGAAAGUGA